AUGCCUCCUAUGGUUGCCCACACCAUAGGGCAAAGUAAUACCACAUGGUCGUACCAGUACAGUCAACGAACCCUUAUGGUUACCUACGCCAGAUGGUUAGCUAUCCCUUAUGGUGGACAGGAUCACAUGUUUGCAGUAUUUUUAAGAAAAUUGUGGUGUACUAUGUGGCCAGCCGCCCCCUACGGUUGCCCAUAUCAUAGAACAAACUAUACCACAGGGUUUGCAGUAUUUCUGAAAAUUGUGGUCUACCAUACAGUUAACGAACCCUUAUGGCUACCCACGCCAUACGGUUAG